GCGUCAUUUAUUGAAGUUUUCGUCGUGCGUUCUUCGUUUGUGGUGACUGGGUCGCCGGCUUUUAUUUUUACAUGAAAAGUAAUAAUUAAUAUUUAGAUUGCAAGGUCCCAAAAUGAAGUACUUUCUUUUGCUAGCAGUGGGCGUCCUGUUAUUAGCAGGAUGGUCCCACGGGCAGGACGAUGGCAUCGGGGUGGGCACAGUGGAGGAGGUAACUGUUGAUGCCGAUCUCGGCGCCUCAAGAGAAGGAUCCAGAACUGACGCGGAAGCCGUGCUACGUGAGGAGGAAGCGAUUUCGCCGGACACAUUGAGCGUGGCGCAGCAGAGAGAGAUGCGUGAGCGCGCUCAGAACUUCACUUUCCAGACUGAAGUGAAUCGUAUGAUGAAGCUCAUUAUCAAUUCGCUUUACAGAAAUAAGGAGAUCUUUUUGAGAGAAUUGAUCUCCAACGGCUCAGACGCGUUGGAUAAGAUCCGUCUUCUGUCUCUGACGAACCGAGACGUGCUGGACGCCACGAGCGACCUCAGCAUCCGCAUCAAAGCGGAGCCCGAGAAGCGCCUGCUGCACAUCAUAGACACCGGCGUCGGCAUGACCAAGAACGACCUGGUGCAGAAUCUCGGCACGAUCGCCAAGUCCGGCACGGCCGACUUCCUGUCGAAGAUGCAGGACAACGAUAAGCAGAGCAACAGCCAGGAGAUGAACGACAUGAUCGGGCAGUUCGGCGUGGGCUUCUACUCGGCCUUCCUGGUGGCGGAGCGCGUGACCGUGGUGUCCAAGCACAACGACGACCGCCAGCACGUGUGGGAGUCCGACGCCAGCGCCUUCAGCGUGGCCGAGGACCCGCGCGGCGACACGCUCAGGCGCGGCACGCACAUCACGCUACAUCUGAAGGAGGAGGCGGCUGACUACCUACAGCCUGACACGAUCCGCGGGCUGGUGAAGAAGUACUCUCAGUUUAUCAACUUCCCUAUCUACCUGUGGGCCUCGCGCACCGAGACCGUCGAGGAGGUGGAGCCCGAAUCGUCCCCUGACAGCGCUGAUGGAGAUGAAGACGCGCAGGUAGAAGAUGCUACUGAAGAGAAGAGUGAGCCUAAGAAGACAGAGAAGACAGUCUGGGACUGGGAGCUUAUGAACGACAACAAACCUAUCUGGACCCGCAAGCCCUCUGAAGUCAAUGAUGAGGAGUAUAACCAGUUCUAUAAGAGUCUCACCAAGGACACCGCCACCCCGCUCGCCAAGUGAGUGUUCACUGCUCACUGCACACUAUCCUGGACUUAGCAUUCCAUCAUUUCAUUUACUUGUCACAGUUGAAAUUUAUCAGUAUUGGAAUUUUUUCUAAUGAUUCAAAUAAAAGAUCUGCUUUACU